CCCAGACAGAUGCAUUUAAAGCGGAGUUUGGCACAAAGGAGGUGAAUUAAUGAUGCAGGAGGAAUUAAAUGUGAUGAAGAAAGAGGAUGCUCAUUUCAAUACAGACAGUAUACAAACUUUUCCUUUUUCCCACUGCUUGGAUCCUGUUGCCAAGUCAGAUACAGCUUCACCCCUUGAUGAAGAAUUCAGACUCAGGACUCAGCUUGCACAGUUUGGAUAUGGCCCUACACCAGAUGUACAGAGCUUGCACGGGUCAUUAGAAGGAGGAUCCCGUAAACGCAAAAGUGUGCCUACAAAAAUGCUUUCUGCCAUCCCAUCAGGAGAUGCUUCGUCUCCAGUGUUCAGUUCUGAAGAAAACACCACUGGAGGUCCUCCCAGCCUUCCUUUACUAUUCCAACACCACACACAGCCAAAGUACAACUCCCACAUGAUUGACCUGUGUAACAUUGGAUUUCAGUUCUACAGGACUCUGGAACACUUUAGAGUGAAACCUGUAAAGGAGGAACCAAUAAAGCCCAAUGUGAUAUGGCCCAGAACCACUGCCUUUCUGCAGACUCCCUAUCCAUACUAUCCCAAAGUUCAUCCUGGUCUGAUGUAUCCUUUUAUGAUGCCUCCAGAUUUUCACUUCAGAAGUCCCUUCCCCCUGAAAAGGCCCCCAGAGCCCCCCUUCAGGAGCCCUGAGUCAGGAGAACAAGAUGAAAAUAAACAGAAGGUGGAAAGAGAGGAUGUUAACAUUCAGAUAGAUGACAGCUAUUAUGUUGAUGUAGGAGGGGAACAAAAACGCUGGCAGUGUCCUAUGUGUGAAAAGUCCUACACCUCCAAGUACAACCUGGUCACUCACAUCUUAGGGCACAGUGGCAUCAAGCCUCAUGCUUGCUCUCGGUGCGGGAAGCUUUUCAAACAGCUGAGUCACUUGCACACCCAUAUGCUAACCCACCAAGGCACCAGGCCUCAUAAAUGCCAGGUGUGUCUCAAGGCCUUCACCCAAACCAGCCACCUGAAGAGACACAUGAUGCAACACAGUGAUGUGAAGCCCUACAGCUGCAGGAUUUGCGGGAGAGGCUUUGCCUACCCCAGCGAACUGAAAGCCCAUGAAUCCAAGCACGAGAAUGGCCGGGAGAACAUUUGCAUCGAGUGUGGUCUUGAUUUUCCAACCUUGGCUCAGUUGAAGAGACACUUAACGACCCAUCGAGGCCCUGUGCAGUACAGCUGCACAGAAUGUGAUAAAACGUUCCAGUACCCAAGCCAACUGCAGAAUCACAUGAUGAAGCACAAGGACAUCCGCCCCUACAUCUGUACUGAAUGCGGCAUGGAGUUUGUGCAGCCUCAUCACCUCAAACAGCAUUCUUUGACUCAUAAGGGUGUGAAAGAGCACAAGUGUGGGAUUUGCGGACGGGAGUUCACACUACUUGCCAAUAUGAAGAGACAUGUUUUAAUUCAUACCAAUAUCAGGGCCUACCAAUGCCACCUGUGCUUCAAGAGCUUUGUGCAGAAGCAGACCCUCAAGGCCCACAUGAUUGUCCACUCGGAUGUCAAGCCUUUCAAAUGUAAGCUGUGCGGAAAGGAAUUUAAUCGAAUGCAUAAUUUAAUGGGACACAUGCACUUGCAUUCAGACAGCAAGCCCUUCAAAUGCCUCUACUGUCCCAGCAAAUUCACCUUGAAGGGGAACCUUACCAGACACAUGAAAGUCAAACAUGGAGUCAUGGAAAGAGGAUUUCGUUCUCAAGGCCUUGGUAGAGAAAGAGUGAGAACAUCACAAACAAACGCUACACAAAGCCUGGAACAGGAAGAACCAUUUGACCUCUCUCAAAAAAGCCAAGCAAAAGUACUUUCAUUUCAUUCUGAUGGUGAGUGUGCUAAAGGAAGCUCAUGUCCUGAGGAAGAGGAAGACAGCUGCUACAGGGGAGAGAGGCAUAGCCCUGGCAUGUACCACAGUGACAAUAAGGCAUUUCGGCUUCAGGAGCUUUCAAGCCUUCCGGGACAACAUAUUGAAGAAUCAUCCUGUGGUGGUAAAGAGAAACCCCUGAAUGGAGAAAGAAAGGAGAGGAAAGAAAACAAAGAGAAAGAAAGCCAGCAAGUGGAAGACUUUAAGAAUAACAGUGAGGAACACUUGAGCUUUAGACACUUUGGAAAUACCAGACUCACUCAGUCUCUCUCUGAGUAUCUGUAUUUUCAACACAGAAACAAGAGUUUAAAGGGACUGCUGGAAAGAAAAAUGGAAAAGCAAGCUAUAUUUCUGGGAAUCUGAAUGGACACUUAACCCUUGGGAAGGGGUUAAACCUUUUCACUGAAGUGAGCUAUAUACCAAGGUGGACACUUGGUUAAAAAAGCACAAAUCAUCACAAGUAAUUUAAGAAA